GGAAAUACAGUUCAUCUGUUUCUUUCCUCAACGCCUAAUAGCUUGCUUCGUAGUCACUGCAGUGGAGGACACGGCAAGGCGAGGCGGGGCGAGCAUCUUCCUUAAUGCCAUGAACGAAAGCUCCUUUCUGAUUCUACAGUUUAUAGUUCCUCACUCCCCAAUAGACCCUAGACUAAGGCUUCGUCUGCUUCUGGGGUUUCUAUGAGCUAUGCCUUCGUCCCCCAAGUCCUUCUACGGCCGCCCACCUCCGCUGUCAUCUCGUAGACCGGCGUUCCUGAUCAUCUUCUGCCUUCUAGUAGGUGUUUCUGGCUUUCUCUAUGGAAUCACAUCCUUUCUGUGGCCGAUUCACGGGUAUCGAUGUCUGAAUACCCGGCCUAGAUCCGUUAGAGUGGUUUGGGAGCAACUUGGCAGCAGUGGUGGUUCCAACGAUGGGAUCCGUGGUGGGAUUGGAAAGGAUAGGCAUAAAGUCAUGGGCUUCGUGGGGAUUCAGACCGGAUUCGGAUCCGUUGGUAGGCGGCAGUCGCUUAGGAGGACUUGGUUGCCAUCGGAUCGCCAGGGUCUUGAACGCUUGGAAGAAGCCACUGGAUUAGCUUUUAGGUUUAUCAUUGGUAGAACAAAUGAUAAAUCAAAGAUGGCAACACUUCGGAAGGAAAUAGCAGAAUAUGAUGAUUUCAUUCAAUUGGACAUUGAAGAGGAGUACAGUAAGCUACCAUAUAAAACUUUAGCUUUCUUUAAAGCUGCCUAUGCACUUUUUGAAGCUGAAUUUUAUGUCAAAGCUGAUGACGAUAUAUAUUUAAGGCCAGAUCGGCUUUCAUUACUGCUGGCAAAGGAGCGAUCUCACUCUCUGACUUACAUAGGAUGCAUGAAAAAGGGCCCUGUUUUCACCGACCCAAAACUUAAAUGGUAUGAACCAUUGUCCCAUUUGCUUGGAAAAGAGUACUUUCUCCAUGCUUAUGGUCCUAUAUAUGCGCUUUCCGCUGAUGUUGUUGCAAGCUUGGUGGCUCUUAGGAAUAAUAGUUUCCGGAUGUUCAGUAAUGAGGAUGUCACUAUUGGAGCUUGGAUGCUUGCAAUGAAUGUCAACCACGAGAAUAAUCAUGGAUUGUGUUCGACAGACUGCACAUCCACAUCCAUUGCUGUAUGGGAUAUUCCAAAGUGUUCAGGCCUCUGUAACCCUGAAAAGAAAAUGCUCGAACUCCAUCAAAAAGAGAGCUGCUCAAAAAGCCCUACACUGGAAUCUGAUGAGUAGUAUUUGCGCGCAUAUUUACAUAGCAAAGUUCAGAAGCUACUGAAGGAAUUGCAUGCUCCUGUAUGACACUGCUUUGAGAUGAGAUGCAACCGCUGUCAUCAUUUUCUAUCAAAUGAUAAUUUUCAUUUCGAUUCACCUUCUUCCUGCAUGAAAACGUGCUAUCCUAUUUUUUCCUUUUUCUUGAUUUUCCUCGUAUUUUUUUCUUAAUUUUUUGAUGGGGGUUAAGGGGGAGAUGAAAGGGUUGAUUUGAGGAAGGUUUUGUGUAGAACAUACGAAAAGGGAUAGACUUGCAUCAUCCAGCUAAAUUUUAACUUCUGAGACUUCAUAUGAUUCCCACCAAGUUUUGACAUUCUUCAGAAGAAUGGACCAUUUGCCUUUGGGUGUAAAUUCAUGUUUUGUGGAUACUUGUAUGGUAGUCUCAAGUCUGGUCUUUUAUGAGAAAAAUUUAGUCCAUAUUCUUGUACUUUACCACUUUAGCGCAGCUGUUCGCUAAAAAAGAAUAGAAAAUUCAUGCUUCUGGUAAA